UUAUCAUAAAUAUGACAAUGAAAGGGAGUGAUUAAGAGAUGUAAUUUGAUAUAAACAUCUGUCAAAAUCAUACGGUCUGCCACGAGCUAAAAUAUGACGAAGGCUCGAGCGCAAAAUAUAGACGCAAUGAAUGACGGGAUAUGGCGACGUACAACUUUACUUGUUUUCAUUGUACUGGAUAACAAUAAAUACUUACGGGUAUAAAUACCCAUAAUAUUUAUAUUUUUUUGAAACUAACAGUAAUUCAAAAAUAACUUUUACUAUUUAAUAGUAAAAAAAGUUAAAUUAAAUAAAACAUCAAAAUGAAUUAUAAUCACUCGGGAUCACGAAGAGGGAAACCUAAAAGGAUAUUAGAUCCUUCAGCAGGAUUAUCUGGUCCAACAUCUCAACAAACUCCGUACAUGUAUCCGCAGGUGCCUAUGAAUAAUGGAGUACAGCAAGAUUACGGUUUUAAUGUACCAGAGCAGCCACCACCAACGUACGGAUUCGCCCAGCCACCGAUGGUACCUACGAUGCAACCAACAAUGAACUCUGGUUCACCAAUGCCACCCUACAUGCCAGAACCACCUCGGGAAGCUUAUCCCAGUCCUCAGUACGCAGCUCAAAUCCUCGCAGAGCCAAUGGUUACUAAUAUGGCGAUGAAAUACGGCGAUGCACUUGUAGGGUCUGGAAAACAACAGUUUCAAAAAUAUGUGCCUGUCACUGCACUCAAAUACUACUUUGCUGUUGAUACAGACUACGUUUUUAUCAAAUUAGCGCUUCUUUUUUUCCCAUUUACGCAUAAGGAUUGGUCGGUAAAGUAUGAGCAAGAUGUUCCUCUACAGCCGCGUUAUGAAAAGAAUGCACCGGAUUUGUAUAUUCCAACGAUGGCAUUCUUGACUUACGUCGUGAUCGCUGGGUUGUCAUUGGGUACCCAAGAACGUUUCACACCCGAGCAAUUGGGAAUAAUUGCAAGCUCGGCACUUGCUUGGGGAAUUAUUGAAUUACUUGUUCACACAAUAUCACUCUACGUGAUGAAUUUAGAUACCAGCUUAAAGACUUUUGAUAUGCUAGCGUACGGAGGCUACAAAUACGUGGGAAUUAAUUUUGCGAUACUUCUUUCAUUGAUGUUCGGGCGAGCUGGAUACUUUGCUAUUUUAAUUUACUACAGUAUAUCACUUGCUUUUUUUCUCAUAAGAUCAUUAAAAUUACGCGUUAUUCCUGAAGGUCACUCUUCUUACUCUGCUACAGGUAACAAGAGAAGAUUGUAUUUUAUUUUAUUCUUCGCCAUGCUCCAACCUUUUCUCAUGUGGUGGCUCUCUUACCAUCUUAUUUCAUAAAUUAAAUUUAUUAUUUUACUUUUUUUUAAUUGUGAUCAUGUCAGUGAAACAAUGAGAUGACUUAAUUCAAACCUGUAAAGUUAUUUAAUUGAUUCAUAACUUUUGUAUAAAAAAAAAAAUACAUCAAAUUGAUAUACA